AUGAUUAUUGAAGAUGAAGUCACAUUUACUAUCUGUGACCAAAAUCUACUUCAAAUCCAAAUCACUGCAUUGCAUACUGUUGAUCUAAAAUCCGUCCUUAAAUAUAUUCCACUCAAAGCUUCAUUUGAACAAGGGUGCAAAUUGAUGUCGGAAGGGUCCUCUACCAUACAUCUUUUCAGGGCUUCAAGUAGUAAAAUACGACAGUGCUUAUACUUGUGUAAAUUGAAACUUACUACUAGCGACAAGGUAGAAAAAUUUGGCAUUUUGUAUCCGGUGUUUGAUGACAUUUUUGCAGUAUUCAGAAUUCCUCGAGCAAUUGAUAAAACCGGUAGAGAUUUAGAGCAAUGCUGUAGUGUAAGGAAACAGGAGGAUUUGACGGGAAUUUUUGUACAAUCUAGUGAUCUUGUUGAGUCUAGUGUUUGCGAUGUUGUCAAUUUCUCAAUGAAACCGCCCAACAGUGGGAUCACUAUUUCGGAAGAACAGCAGGACCCUUAUUCAUUCUUGCAAAGUAAAUACUACCAUUCCUUAUAUGCUUUGGGUGAGCCAUUAAACUACUUCCCCAAAACCGCAUUAACGAGAUUUCGAAAUUUGUGUCAAGACGAAAAGAAAAUCGGCAUUGUUUUGAAAAGCAUGAUUUUGACAAUCGAGGACUUUGACAGGAGGUACGAGCCGCGUUUUAUUGACAUACUUGAAAACCCUCUGGCUACACAGUUUGAACGGAAAAGUAUGGAAAAGCUAAAAGAAAAACUUGGCGUGAAGAUUCAAGAUGGAAGUCUUGUUGGCAUAACCUCCGAUUCUGUGCAAAAAGUUGUGCUUGAAUUAAAAGUGAGGGAAUCGCAAUUGCAGAUUGUGUUGUUGUUGGAGCUCUUGGAAACAAUGAGGAUCAAGGAGGCUACAUUUCUCGAGGAAAACUUGAGAAAGCAUAACAAACUUUUGAAGAAAACAAAGGCACUACAAAAAGUCACUCUAGUGAGAUCGAAAAAGAAGAAACAGAAAAGAGUCGUCCCUACUCAGAUAACCGGUGUUGGCGUUAGUGGUGAUAAUAGGGGUAUUAGCACUGACACUCUGUCGGACUGGGAGUUCUCAUUGUAUUCUUAUUUGAAUAAGCUCAUUGACCGGUUGAAUUUGUGGGAGGUCUUGUUAUCGAAUAAAGAUGCCAACAACAGCAACAACAAUAACUCACAUGGGUUUAUGGCCUACGUAUUAAUACCUUAUUACCACAAAAGGCUACCCUUAGUUAUGAAGUAUGUGAUUGAAAAUUUGAAAACAGUUAAUAUGAAGCUUACAAGCUCAAGGAAAAAGGUGGCGCAAGACAGUAAGGAAGCAAACCCAAUUAAGAGACCAACUUUGAAACAGGAUGAAAAUGAUAUUACUACAUCUCUUCUAGAUGACAUUUCUGUGAAACCGCUUAAACGGUCCAUGUCUAAUCUUGGACAGCCCAAAGAUAUGGAUAGACGUCAAGUAGAUUUGAAUGUGAAUGUGAAUGCCAAACUGCUAGUGAAGCAGCAAAAACAAGCAUUUCAAGAAGAGUCUACUUAUAUUUUCGGCCAAGUUAAACGUAGCAAAAGCAUAGCUCAUGCGCCCUCCGCCGAAAUAAUGAAUACCCCAAUGAAGGAGAAAGGGAAGAAGGCCAAGCUUCAAACAUUAUCCUUUUCGCAAGUUCAGGCAACACCAGCAAAAAGGCAAUUAAACAAUGAAACGGAAAUAUAUACACCUGAUAACCGUGAAAUUACGGUUUUUUCUAGCCCGACAGACACUUUUGCAAAACCCGAGCUUUCAAGGUUUAGUAUGAUGACCAGGAAAUUACAAAACGCUGCUGCGAUAGAGAAUGUGGUAGAUGCGACGCCUAAAAAAAAAACAAUGAUUAAAGAAGACUAUCUUAAGGAAAAAGGUGACAGAAGUUGA